AUGGUGUUUCUCUCUGCGAUCCUCAGGUUGAAAAGCCAGAUCCCACAGAUCAAGCAGACUCUAGAAAUCCUACGACACAUGCAGAAGAAGAAGGUAAAGAAACAAACGUGGCGCUGUUUACUUACUUUGUUUUCUACUCAGACCUUGCCAGCCGAUCCCCGUUAUCUUCCUACUCCUCCUCCUUAGCCCUAACUGUUCAAUGUUUGCAGAUCUGUAAGCAAGCUAUAAGCAGUAUGCUGGAAACUCCACUACUACGCUGCUUAUUCAGACCCUUCAGAGGGGUAGGGACUGAUGACAGGAAACCACUGUAGAGUGUUGGGUUUCACCCCCCCCUCUCGUCCAAUAGGAAACCACAAACCCGAUGGAGACGCACUUCCUGUUGGCUGACAAUGUUUACUGCAAGGCGUUGGUCCCGGCCACUGAUAAAGUGUGCCUGUGGCUAGGGGUGAGUACCUUGGGAUCUGCAGGAGUACAGUCAGGUCUUAGAUGAAGGCUAGAUGGAGCUUUGUUAGGGACAAUUCCUAGUCUCUAAAAACUACAAUCUAUUAUUAUUAUUAUUAUUAUUAUUAUUAUUAUUAUUACCAUUCAAUACUCUAACCUCCCUGUCUCCCCCUCUCUUUCCUCCCUCUCCUCUUCCAGGCCAAUGUGAUGUUGGAGUAUGACAUCGACGAGGCCCAGUCUCUUCUGGAGAAGAACCUAGCGACCGCAUCGCGCAACCUGGACUCCCUGGAGGAAGACCUGGACUUCCUCAGAGACCAGUUCACCACCACCGAAGUCAGUAUCCUUAUGCCUAAACAUAGGCCCACUCAGCCCAGGGGACUAUGGGUGAACAGGCUUGGAGGCUGGAGAAGUAUGUGA